UACUGUCUGUCUUCUUUGGUUGCUUCUCUGAAACUAAUCAGGUUUCUUUUUUUGUUUUUUUAACCAAACAAGGCCUUAUUUUCUGCGAUUAUCGAGAUUGAGAGAGAAAUAAUUGUAUUGAUGUUUAAUUUAAGAUUUAAAUUUCGUAUUUAAAGUUUUGAUAAAAGAAUUGGAGUGACAAUGAAGGCGAUGGAGACGAUACAAGAUCUGAUCGAGGAAGCCAAAGUACGUGCGGUGUGGUGGGCCUUGUGUAUAUUCGCCGUCUGUUAUUUCUUAUCUCAUACAAGUACGUCAAUGUGGAUGAAUUUACCCAUAUCCAUACUUAUAGCUUGCGCUCUACGAAUUCUAUCUAAUGAGGUAGAAUUCUCCUGGAAGGUUAAAAGAGUGCGUCCACAGAGUUAUUUAUCUCAGUUGGAGAAGAAACAGUUGUCUGCCAAUGAUUUUAGGCUUUCUAAUGCACCUCCCCCGCCAAGAUGGAAGCGGAAAAUUGAUUCUCCUAUCGUGGAGGCUGCAAUUAAUGAUUUUAUAAAUAAAAUUUUGAAGGAUUUUGUUGUUGAUUUAUGGUAUUCAGAAAUUACUCCGGAUAAGGAGGUUCCAGAGCUAAUGCGAACCAUAAUCAUGGAUGCUAUCGGUGAAAUAUCAGGAAGGGUCAAAGAGAUAAACCUUGUUGACCUGCUAACAAGAGAUAUAGUAGAUUUAAUUGGGGAACACUUAGAUCUUUUUAGAAGAAACCAAGCUGCUAUUGGUGUUGAUGUUAUGGGAAUGCUGUCCUCUGAGGAGCGGGAUGAAAGGUUGAAACAUCAUCUUAUGGUUUCUAAGGAGCUUCAUCCGGCAUUGAUAUCUCCUGAGAGUGAGUACAAGGUUCUUCAACGGAUAAUAACCGGAGUGCUAGCUGUGGUAUUAAGACAACGAGAAGCUCAGUGCCCCAUUGUUCGAACAAUUGCUAGGGAGCUUGUAACUUGUUUAGUGAUGCAACCUAUUAUGGAUUUAGCAAGUCCAGCGUGUAUCAACGAAUUGAUUGAAAUCAUUUUACUUUCAAUUAGAGAUGAUAGCACUAAAGAGGUAGGCAGUCAUCAGUCUCCAGGGGGAGUAUAUAAGGGAGAUUUUCCAUCAAAAAAAAAUUCUUCUUUGAAUAAUCAAGGGACAGAUAUGACUUUGGUUAAAUUCGAUGAUCAAAGAGAAACAUCUUUGGAUAACAACAGAUACCAGGAAGCUAUGCCUCUGCAUUCAUGUGAUUGGGCACAAGUGCUGAAGGCUGUCACCCAAAAAAGAGAUGAAGUUCUUACCCCUGAAAAUCUUGAGAACAUGUGGACGAAGGGAAGAAAUUAUAAGAGGAAAGAGCAGAAAAGUGUAAAAGCAGGAGUUGAAAAACAUGUAGCUAAAGGUUCAGGAAUAAAUAGUGCUGUGGCUACUGGAAUUAUGGGGAAGGAAAUGUCUAGCAGCAGGACUGAGCCAUGUGCUGGAGCAGAUGAUAAAGCUGUGUUACAGCUAACAGCGGGAUUAGGUCCUAACACUCAAUUAAGUGAUGGGAAUGAAAAUAUGAAACAUUUGCACCAGAUUUUUGAUAAACAAUCGUCAUUUGAUGAGGGACAUGUUGUUGCUGUGUUGGAAGAUAUUAAUAAUCUUGGUGCUGAUGGAAAUAAAAAUAGGCUUAAGAGAUCCAGUAGUACUUCUGCUCUUAAAGUCCUACCUGAAGCCAAAAAGGUUUUUACUGGAGAUAGUGGAGGGCCUGUUAUUGCUGAGUUCUACAGCCAAGAUUUUGGCAGGCGUAGGGAAGAAUAUAGGGGUACGAGUGCCUCUGAUAUAAAAGUCCAGAAUGAGCGACAACAUGUUCACAAGCUUAAGUGCCGGGUUAUAGGAGCUUAUUUUGAGAAACUUGGAUCAAAAUCUUUUGCAGUUUAUUCAAUUGCAGUGACAGAUUCAGAAAACAGAACUUGGUUUGUGAAAAGAAGAUAUAGAAAUUUUGAGCGACUGCAUCGACAUCUUAAAGAAAUCCCUAAUUACACAUUACAUCUACCUCCCAAAAGGAUAUUCUCCUCAAGCACUGAGGACGCCUUUGUUCAUCAACGCUGUAUUCAGCUUGAUAAAUAUCUGCAAGAUCUCCUAUCUAUAGCUAAUGUUGCUGAACAGCAUGAAGUGUGGGAUUUUUUAAGUGUUGCCUCAAAGAAUUACUCUUUUGGAAAAUCUUCAUCAGUGAUGAGAACCCUGGCAGUCAAUGUGGAUGAUGCUGUGGAUGAUAUUGUACGCCAGUUUAGAGGGGUUUCAGAUGGCUUAAUGAAGAAAGUUGUGGGUUCAUCUCCUAACUGUGAUGAAGCCUCUUCCUCCUCAUCCAGUAGAAACUUUUCAUUCAAGGCAGAUGAGAUAAGUACACAUGUUACAAGGCAAAGUACCUCUGAAACAGUUAAUAGCUUUUCUGACCAUGAAGAAGGUGAUAAAGACGAAAGCUAUGGCCAUCAGAAAGUCACAUCUGGUGCACAAGCUAGUGGUUGGCAUUCAGACAAUGAAUUGAACUCAAAGGGUUUUCCACCUCGGGUAUUGAAACAUGGUGAAGGUGCUAGAAACCUAGAUUUGUCGGGAAAACACAGUUCAGAUGCAAAAUCUGAAGGGUUUGCCCAGGGUGGAUUGCCUGCAGCCAAAUUUUCAGCAACUCCUGAUCAUUUAGAAAUUGGAAUGCCACCAGAGUGGACUCCAUCUAAAGUAAGUGUACCUUUGUUAAAUCUGGUUGAUACGGUUUUUCAGCUGAAGAGAAGAGGCUGGCUAAGAAGACAGGUCUUUUGGAUAUCAAAGCAAAUAUUGCAGCUGGUAAUGGAAGAUGCUAUUGACGACUGGCUUUUGAGACAAAUUUAUUGGCUUCGAAGGGAAGACAUUAUUGCUCAAGGAAUUUGGUGGAUUCAAGAUGCUCUCUGGCCGGGUGGCACAUUUUUUACAAGAGUGGGGAAUAUUCAAAGCAAACUUGAUGAUGCUCAAGCAGACCUGAACUUUUUUCAGGGUGGAAAUCAGUCUGGUGGCCAUAGGGCCUCAAAGUCAGUGUCCUUUGAGGAACAACUUGAAGCUGCUCGGAGAGCAAGUGAUGUCAAGAAAAUGCUCUUAGAGGGAGCUCCAACUACCUUGGUCAGCUUGAUUGGGCCUAAGCAGUACAAGCGGUGUGCCAAGGACAUAUAUUAUUUUACUCAGUCUUCUGUAUGUGUGAAGCAACUUGCAUACGGGAUACUUGAACUCAUAAUCCUAUCGGUAUUCCCCGAGUUGCGGGAUCUCAUACUAAAUCUUCAUGAGAAGAUGCGUGUUCCGCCUGCAUAGUAAGGCCUUAACUUUCACUCGCUCGGCAUGAUCUGGUCACUAUGCGCCAUGAGUAUUUUCAAUGAUAGUGCAUGUGAAUAUCAUAAUAUAGACAAGUGAGAAUCAGGACUGGUUAGAUACAUGGAAAUUUUUUAGGACUCUGGAAAUAGCUUGGCAUCUCCCAUUCAAUUGUACACAAUUGUACAUUAGAGCCUGUAUAGAAAUUAGAAAGA